AUGUCAGAUGCUAAUCCAGAUGACCCAUGUUCGGGUAAGCUAUCAGCACUUUUUACAAGAGUUGCAAAACAUGUAUUCGGCUUCUUCUUGAUGGUGGUUCUAUGCAAUGUCACACAUUACCUUUUAAGGCCUUUCUCACAACCUCGUAUCACCUCCGAUACCUUUAUAGGGCUACUCAUUGGCAACUUAAGAAUCGUACAUGGUUUUUUUGACAUAUCAGCAGCUCAAACUUUGCGUUUCAUCAUUGAUUUUGGCAUGAUCUGUUACAUGUUUGUGUUGGGCAUUGAAAUGGAUCCAUAUGUACUCUUGAAAUUACCAACCAAGGAUGCUACAGUAGCCUAUGCAGGAAUGCUUUCCACAUUCAUCCUAGCCGGAGCUAUAACCCCAUUUCUGAACUAUACUCAGGAAUUUAAGAUGAACUUCACCCUCACCCUCUCUACUGCCCUCUCUAGCACAGCCUCUCCAGUCCUGACCCGUCUAAUUACUAGUCACAAAAUAGGCAAGUCAGACAUAGGGCAGCUUGUGAUUGCUGCAGGAAUGCACUCUGAUUUUAUAUCCACCCUUUUCAUCUCCAUUGGCUAUAUUGCAUAUCCAAUAAGAGAAAAACCUUCAGGUAAGAGUAGACUUCAAGAUUCCGUGGAGAUGACUAUUGCACUAGUUAUACAAACUGUGAUCACUGCCAAAGUUUCACCCAUUAUUAUGAACUGGGUUAACAAUGAGAACCCAGAAGGCAAACCAAUGAAAGGCUCACAUUUAGUGCUUGCAGUUGCCUUUAUGGCCUUGGUUAGCAGCUGCUCAACUGUAUACGGUUUUAGCCCCAUUCUAAGCGCAUUUAUGGCGGGCAUUUUCUUGCCAAGUGAGGGGAGGGUAUCAAAGUGGGUAAUUAGCAAAAUCAACUACUUGUUAAGCACCAUUUUCUAUCCCAUUUUUUUCAUUUGGAUGGGGUUCGAAGCUGAUUUCCACCAGUUUGAACCUGGCCAAAUAGGAACCUGGGCAAGGUUAUUUCUACUCUUUCUGAUAGCAACAGUUGGGAAGGUAGCUGGAACAGUACUUUCUGGGGUGCUGUUGGGAUUUCGUUGGCCUGAAUCAUUUGCACUUGGGUUGCUUCUCUCUACAAAGGGCCAUUAUCAAAUUUACUUGGCUAUUGCUGCUAAAACAGCUGGUACCAUUUCUACUUCAACCAGCACUGUGAUGGUAAUUGCAAUCUUUUUCACUGUUGUGCACGCCCCAUCAGUUGUUGCAUAUAUCAUCAAACUUGCAAGGAAACGAGCACCAACCCAUAGAAUAGCACUUCAAUCACUUGACCCUUCAAAGGAGGUCCGAAUCUUGUUAGGUGUUCAUGGACCUCAAGAUGCUCCAACUGCCAUCAACUUCACAGAAAUUUCUCGAGGCACAGCUGACCCUGGAAUUGCGAUAUAUCUUACUGACAUGAUUGAACUCACGGAUAACAUAGCAGCCACACUCGUGAGAGGCGACGAAGAGGACACAGUGACUGUGACCGACCAGUCAGUGACAGAAAUGAGAGAACAAGUCACUGCUGCAGCUCAAGCCUAUAUAGACCAUAAUAGUGAUGGUGUCAAACUCAGACGACUUCUUGCACUCUCAACAUUCAGUGGUAUGUCCCAGGAUAUCUGCCUCUUGGCAGAGGACUUGAUGACAGCACUCAUCAUAUUGCCAUUUCACAAGAGACAGCGUGCCGAUGGAACAUUGGAUGCAGGCCAUCCAGGAUUCAGAUAUGUGAACCGCAAGGUACUCAGGAACGCCCCAUGCUCAGUGGGAAUUCUGGUGGACAGAGGUCUUGGACUGGUAGAAAAAAUAUCAAGAUCACAUACAUCACUCAAUGUGGCAGUAAUCUUUAUUAGUGGCAAAGAUGAUAGAGAAGCACUAGCUUAUGCCGGUCGUGUAGCAUGCCAUCCUGGGGUGAAACUCACGGUAAUAAGAUUCUUAGUGGAGAACAGUUCAGAGAACACGACAAGAAGAGCCGGCAGUCAUAGGGUCAAUGUUGCUGAGCAGGAAGAGGAGAUGAAGCUGGAUGAUGAGUGCUUUGCUGAGUUUUAUGAAAGAUGUGUAGCAGGGGGGCAAGUUGCUUACAUGGAGAAGCAUCUAGCAAAUUCAGCUGAGACUUAUUCUACUUUGAGGUCAUUGGAAGGGCAGUAUGCACUCAUCAUUGUAGGAAGAGGAGGGAGGGUAAAUUCAGUGUUGACAGAAGGAAUGAAUGACUGGCAGCAGUGCCCGGAAUUGGGUCCGAUUGGUGAUGUUCUUUCGGGGUCUGAUUUCUCGGUGAAGACCUCGGUUUUGAUCAUCCAAACAAAUAAUGUAAGAGGAGAACUAGAUGGACUUGAUGAUGACUUCUCUAUCAUGUAA